AUGUCAGACUCGGUUGAUCGAGUCUUUAGCCAUGCGCUCAACACUGUCAACAAGAUCCGUACUGGAUCGCAGAAGCCGCCGUCGGCGAUACGGCUGCGGCUGUAUGGACUGUACAAGCAGGCCAUGGAGGGCGAUGUCGAUGGCAUAAUGGACUGUCCACGAGGGAACGAUGACCAGAGCCAGCGAGCGCGAGAGAAGUGGGAUGCAUGGAAACAGCAAAACGGUCUCUCGCGCACAGAGGCAAAGCGCCGCUACAUCACCACCCUGAUUGAUACCAUGCACAAGUAUGCUUCGCCCUCCCCAGACUCGAGGGAACUCGUCGCCGAGUUGGAAUUUGUCUGGGACCAAGUAAAGUCCAAUGUGCCCUCGUCAUCAUCAUCUUCGCCCUUGCGACACUCCGACCACAUCCAGUCUGGUUACUCACAGCAUGAGUUGGGUGAGAGUCGGCGCGCAGCCAUGGAAAUGAGCGCGCCCCUCAGACGGAACGACGAAACACCAACAAGAGAGGCAGUGCGAGAUAUGCCGCUACGAGUCAAAUCGCCCAUCUCACAAUCCGAGGAAAAUCUCGAAGAAGAGGAGGCGGAAAUCGAUCGCGGCGAAAUAUUCGUCGACGCCCCAGAUUCGCAAUACAAUCCGACAUCCUACCCAGACGAAAAUCACGAAAACGACGAUACCAACAACCUAGAAGACGCCGGCGUCCAAACCGACCUCCAGAACCUCAUGCGCGCCGAACCCAUCCCCAUUCAGACGCCGACUCCCGCCCCAAAAUCCAGAGGCAUGGCUGUCCUCGGAAAACCAAUACAAAUGCCCAUCCCGGGUUUCAGCAGCACCCCCGGUCCGAACAACGCAGCCAAGGAAUCCGCUGCCGACCAGAAAUGGCGCAAGCGCGUCGAGCAAUCCCUCAUGAAGAUGACGGCCGAAGUAGCCGCGUUACGAGAACAGCUAGAAGCACGUCGCCUAUUUGCGCAUUCGGCUCACUACCGACUGUUCAGAGGCAUUUGGCGAUGGGUCUGGGCGUGCUUCAAGCACGUGGUUGUUGAUGCGGUUGUUCUAGGCAUAGUGUUGUUAUGGAUGCGGAGAAAGAAAGACAAGAGGCUUGAAAGUACGAUUCGUGAGGUGCUGGGGGAUGCGCUGGCAAAGUUGGGGAGAGGCGGGGCUAGGAUACCGUUUCUGGGAGGCAGGAAAGAAGCGUGA